AUGAGCUCGACAGCAGCACUGAAUUUUGACCACACUCAACUCGAUGAAAAGAAACACACCCCACAACAAGUCAUUGUUGAAUUGAUGAAAUUAUACUACACGCAAGGAUGGGUCUCCGGAACUGGUGGUGGUAUUUCCAUCAAGAAGGAUGGCAAGAUUUAUAUUGCUCCUUCCGGAAUUCAUAAAGAACGAAUCAAAGAGGAUCAAAUCUUUGUGAUGGAAGAAGAUCCUAACGUUCAAGUCAAAGACAUUCAAUCAUGCCAACAUUUGAAAACAGUUUAUUCUCCAAAUGACCACGGAUAUAAUUUCAAAAUUUCUGCUUGCCAACCACUUUUCCAAUUGUGUUAUGAUGUCAGAGGUGCUGGUGCUGUGAUUCACUCUCAUGCUCUCUCUUGCAUGUUAGCGACUCUUAUUUAUGAUAAAGAGUUUAAAGUUACUCAUUUGGAAAUGAUUAAAGGAAUUCGUGGAUUUGGAUUCUAUGAUGAAUUGGUCGUACCAAUUAUUGAAAACACAGCCUAUGAGAAUGAAUUGGCUGAUUCAUUGAAGGAAGCUCUUGAAAAGUAUCCAAAUACGUUUGCAGUGUUGGUCAAGAGACAUGGUGUUUAUAUUUGGGGUAAAGAUUGGGUUGAAGCUAAAACUCAUGCUGAAGUUUAUCAUUACUUGUUUGAGGCUGCAGUGAGAAUGAAACAAUUAGGUUUUGAUGCUUCAUCCUCCAAGUAA